AUGUCUCGAAUUUUAAGGCGGAUGUUUUUUCUACCCCUUUUUACGAUUGCGAUUGUUUAUCUUUUUAUUCAAAACUCUUUACUAAGCUAUAUAUUUUUAAAACAUAACAAUGUAGUAAAUUGUUUAAGUAAAAGAAAUCAAACAAUUUGGAGUAACAUAUUAUCAGAAAAAACCCUAUCCACAAAUAAUAAGAAUAUGAUAUGGGAAAAAAAUUAUAGUGCCAGAAAAAGAAACAAAAUAAAUUCGCUAUUUUUUCUUAAUUUAAAAAAAAAAAAAUUACCUCAUCUUUUAGCUUUUCAUAGUGAAGACUGUGAAUAUUGUAAUAGCAUGGAACCACUACUAAAAAAACUAAAGGAUGAAGAAGGGAUUGAAUUUUUAAAAUUAGAAAUGUAUGAAAAUUCUUAUAAUUUUGAAUUAUUACAACAAUUAGAUUAUAAUAAUUUAUGUGGUGGAUUACCAUAUUAUUACAAUUUGAAAACUCACUAUAACAUUUGUGGAGCAACUACUUAUCAUAACCUUAGAAAAUGGGCUUUUGAUAAAAAGUGCAAUCCUAACGAACCACCCAAUAAUGAAAUUUAG